AUGGCUUCAGCAGAACCAUUUAAUCCCGAUGAUUUUGAAAACAAUAAUCCGUUUUCCUCUCCAAAUCAUGAUGAUCAUAUAAAUCGUGUCGAGGAGCCAGCAUAUGAAGAAGAACCAACGAACGAAGAAAUAACGAGCGAACAACAAGAAAACAGCAAACAGGAUGUACAAGGGUAUGAUCAAUUAUCAGAGGAGGAGUUGCACAAGUUACUACCAGAGAGAUUUACGAAUAAAUAUCAGAUCAAUAUCAAGCUCACUGCAAUUGAGAAGAACAAGGCUGGAAAUCCAAUCUUAAGAUUUGAUUCCACUGUCAGAGGGUUACCAAAGUUUCGUAGCCAGAAAUAUAAGGAUGUUCGCCGAACUUACAAUGAAAUUGUGAAGUUUAACAAAUAUUUGACGGUUUCCAACUUGGAAGUAUUUGUGCCAGUGAUUCCCCUGGCAAUCACGUCAUAUCCUGCAAAUGGGGAGGAUGAGACAAAGCAAUUACAUAGUGUAUGGCAAGAAUGGUUUAAUAGGAUCACUAGCAAUCCAAUUUUGAUUCGUGAUGAAGAAUUUGUUUAUUUCAUUGAAAACGAUUUUGGAUAUUCUGUUAUUAACAGUAGUCGUAAAUCUUCGGUCGCCAGUGGAUUGGUACGUAAGACUUUGAAGCAGUUGGCGAUUCCUUAUGAUCCAUAUGAAGAAUUAGCCGAGUUUCGACCAUUGAUUAAAUCGUCUUACUUGAUAUGCCAGAAAUUGCAUAAAUUAUUGGACAGGAACUCCAAAGCUGAGAAACAAUUAUCGCUACACAUCAAUGAGUUGGCGACGAAGCUCGUUAAUUUGUCCGAAUUUGAGAUUAUACAUCCAGGUAUGAAGAAUAUGUGGGAAAAACUUUCAAGAGUGACUACCAUUCAAUCAGAUUUGACAUUAAUUCAACUGAUUAAUGAUAUGGGUACUUUGGGAGACGGAAUACAAACCUUAGUUAAUGAUUUCUAUGAAAUUAAAGAAGCUCUCACCAAUCGUCAUUUAAUCAUGAGAGAAUUAUUACAGGCAGAGACCCAAACGAAAGCAAAACACUAUCAAGCCACGAAAAUUAAGAACAAAUCUGCGUUGGAUCCUAUAAAAGUCGACGAAGCAAUAAGAUCGUUAGAAUAUGCUACCAAGACUGAGGAAUCACUUAAUUUACAGAUAAAGAGAAUUUCAGGAGAGAUGUUGUUUGAAAAGGAAGAAGUGCUAAACCAUGUGGAUCAAAAAUUUCAAAAAAUGUUUAAAGCAUACACUUUAAACAGAGUUGAUCAACAUAGAAAGAUCCUCAAGCAUUUGGAGCACAUACGGUUAGAUAUUAGGAUUAUCGAUGAAAAAGGAGGAUUAUCGAGAUUAAAUAGAGACAAUUUGAGCAAUUUGAAACACAACUUGACCCAGUCACAGUCAAAUAACGGCGAUUCGUGGUCAUCUCGGACUUUCCGAUCAUUAAAGAACGACAGAGAAGCACAGAAGGAAGCAUCGAAGAACCAAGAUAAUGUAAAUGACAAUAAUAUCGUGGAUGCAAAGCACGCAGCAAGUAUAUUAGGAGUUGCUACAUUUUGA